CUGACAUACAUACACAUGCAAACACAGACACAAGCGUCCCACGCGGUUAUAUCAUUGUGUGGGGGUCUCCCUCUCUCUUUACCCAAAAACCGACACAACAACGCAACAACGCAACAAGACAGAAGAAAGAAGAAGCAGCAACGAAAGCAGCUCUACGCAUCACCACCAAACCGGAAGAUGACGAGCAUGCUUGGAGUUGAGUGUGAUUUGAACCUCAGAGAGACUGAGCUGUGCCUAGGGCUGCCUGGUGGUGGUACUUCUACUGUGGCUGAGCCGGAAACUAAGGCUACCGGAAAGAGAGGCUUCUCUGAGACCGUUGAUCUCAAGCUCAAGCUUCAGUCCAAGGAUGAUCUGAAUGACAAUGUAAAAAAUAUUGCUUCCAGGGAGAAGAACGACCUCCUUUCUUGCACAAAAGAUCCAGCAAAGCCUCCAGCCAAGGCACAAGUUGUGGGUUGGCCACCAGUUCGAUCAUACCGAAAGAACAUAAUGGCGCAGAAGAACACCAGCGAGGAAAAUACUGAGAAGGCAACCGUCGGUGGCGGAGGCUGCAGCGCUGCGUUUGUGAAGGUUUGCAUGGAUGGCGCUCCAUAUCUUCGUAAGGUGGAUUUGAAGAUGUACAAGAGUUACCAAGAGCUCUCUAAUGCCUUAGCCAAGAUGUUCAGUUCCUUCACCACCGGUUACUAUGGGGCCCAAGGAAUGAUAGACUUCAUGAACGAGAGCAAGUUGAUGGAUCUUCUUAACAGUUCCGAGUAUGUGCCAACCUAUGAAGAUAAGGACGGUGAUUGGAUGCUCGUGGGUGACGUUCCAUGGGGGAUGUUCGUUGAUUCAUGCAAGCGCUUGCGAAUAAUGAAAGGAUCAGAAGCAAUUGGACUUGCCCCAAAAGCUAUGGAGAAAUGCAAAGGCAGAAGCUGAGCUCGAUCCUCAAGAGAAAAUGGAUCGAUGGAGGGAGAGCUGCAGGGUGUGUUCUUUUGGAUGUGUCUGUAUUUUAUGUGAUGAUCAUGUAAAUGGUAAAGAUGCUGAACAUUUGUAAUAGACAAGAAGCAAUAAACUUAACCUAGUGGUCUGCUCUGCUGCCUUGUUUAUUGCUAUUUGAUUUCUUUAUAAUUACCCAAUUAUUUUUUGUUGUUGGCCUUGUUGUCAUAGUUGGUGUGUGUUUUUAUUCCUUCAAAUUAAUGCUACUUUUUUAUAUAUUAUUUUUCAUCAAAAGA